GCGAGCAGUUGUGUAUUGGGUUCUAUGCAGUUGUUGGAAUUCUGUUUUCCUUUGAAUUGUUGCACACUUUUCAGUAGGAGUUGGUUGGGCGUGGAGCUCUAUAAAAGCAGUGGGGCCCUGCGACAAGCUCUGCAGUGUAGCGUGGCAUGGAAAAUGAUGAUGUUUGGCAAGUCCUGCGAACUGCUGUCACUAGUUCUGCUCAUAUUGGCCAGCUAUGCCUGCAUCUACUUGGAGUUCUGGAAACCCCGUUGCAUAGCACCUUUUGUGGAAAUAGGCGACAACUGUUAUUUUUUCUCCACCAACAAAGCUCCCACCUAUGAGUACUAUAGGGUGUCGUAUAAGGGUCGCAUCUUCAGUGUGCCCGCCGUGCUUGACUGGCUUCAUGCCAGCUUCGCCUGCGAGACACUGGAUCCCAAUGCUCGUCUGAUGACGGUCAAGUCAGCGCAGGAGAUGCGAUAUCUCUCCUACUAUAUGGGUCGCUAUGCACAUCCCGGCACCCAUCCGUACUUCUGGACCGGCGGACAUCGCGGAAGUCUGGCAGAUAGCGUUGUGGAACGCAGUUCUUUGAAUCAUUUCUACUGGCAUCACGAUCCGCAUCCCAUGAACUUCUCCAACUUCGUCGACAGGCAACCGAACUCCACCCUUCGCUUCCCUUCAGGCUACUGCGUGUACCUAGAGUAUAUAGGAUCGGAGCUCGUUAUGGCAACGGCGAGCUGUAAGCACAAAAUGGCAUUUGCUUGCGAGUUAAUAUAAAUAAUAAGUAAGAAAUCAGAUGA